AAUCCUUGUUACGAGUCUGCUAAUCCUGCGAACCACCCCCCCGCACCAUAGAUAUGUCCAAAACCAAGGGAAAGAAGAAGGAGCGCUUCGAUGACGACGACGAGCAGCCCGAGAAAGUGGUUGUCCACGAGAAAAAGCAGACUAACAAGAAGGCUGGCAAGAAGGGUAAACGUGGCGGUGGCGACUCCAGCGACGAGGAGCAGCCACCAGGCAAGGUAAGUGGUGGCAACAACAGGGAUGCCGAGGAUCUGGAAAGUGUGGCCUCCUCCAAGCAGCCAAAGAAGGGUGCAAAGAAGGGUAAGAAGGGCAAGCGGAACGACGACUGGAGCGAUGAGGAUGAGAAGCCAUUGAAGAGCGCUGCCAAACCUCCAGCGCGAAAUGAUGAUGAGGACGAUGACGAGGAUGCGGCAGCUGCUGAGGCCAGGGCCCCGGCCAAAAAGCAGCCUCAGGGCAAGAAGAAUAAAAAGAACAAGAAGAAGGUGGCCGAUGACUUCAGUGACGAUGAGGCGGAGCUCGACCUCCAGCUGGAUGAGGACGACGAUGACGAGGAGGAGGCGCCACAGAUGAUAGCCAAGCCCUCGGCCAAAAAGUCCAAGAAAAAGCAACAGCAAAGGAACAAAUUCGACAUGAGCGACGACGAUGAAGAGGAGGAUGCAGAUGCUCUGGAUGCAGUGGAGGAGCCAAACGCAGCAGCCAAGAAAUCGAACAAGAAGCAGAAGAGGACGAAGAGAAGCUCGAGGAUGAGCCCGAAAAGGAGGUGAAAGAGGAGAAAAGCCACUGAGAUUCUCGUUGAGAAAAUAGCUGCCGUUUCACUCAAGGAACCCGAAGUGGUGGCGGUGCCGCCGCCCGUCACUGUGGUGGAGCCCGAACCGGUGGCUGACGCAGAGCCCGAAUCGGAUGGGGAGGCGGAGGAGGCCACACGCAAAUCCAGCGAAGAGCCCUCAGAGGCCAAAGAGAAGAAGCUCACCCACAAGGAGAAGAAGAAACAAAAGAAACAGCAGGAAUACGAACGCCAAAUGGAGCUGAUGACCAAAAAGGGCGGCGCCGGACACUCGGAUUUGGAUAAUAACUUUACGAUGUCGCAGGUGCAAAAAACCGCUGGCCAGCAGGCGGCCCUCGAGCAUGCAGUGGAUAUUAAAAUUGAGAAUUUCACAAUAUCAGCAAAAGGCAACGAUCUGUUUGUGAAUGCCAAUCUACUGAUUGCCCAUGGCCGUCGCUAUGGCCUGGUGGGACCCAAUGGACAUGGCAAGACAACGCUGCUGCGUCACAUAGCGACACGUGCCUUCGCCAUACCGCCCAACAUUGAUGUGCUGCUCUGCGAGCAGGAGGUGGUGGCCACCGACAAGACGGCCAUCGAGACGAUACUCGAGGCCGAUGUGCGUCGCACACAGACGCUGAAGAAAUGCGAAGAGCUGGAAAAGCAGUUUGCCGACGGCGACAUGAGCGUCCAGGAGGAGCUGAACGACAUCUUUGCGGAGCUAAAGGCCAUUGGCGCCUACUCAGCGGAGGCCCGGGCACGGCGUAUAUUGGCGGGUCUUGGGUUCAGCAAGGAGAUGCAGGAUCGUCCCACCAACAAGUUCUCGGGUGGCUGGAGGAUGCGCGUCUCGCUGGCGAGGGCUCUGUAUCUGGAGCCCACGCUGCUGAUGCUCGAUGAGCCGACAAAUCAUUUGGAUCUGAAUGCCGUCAUCUGGCUGGACAAUUAUCUGCAGGGCUGGAAGAAGACCCUGCUGAUUGUCUCCCACGACCAGAGUUUCCUCGACAAUGUCUGCAACGAGAUCAUCCACCUGGACCUGAAGAAGCUGCAGUACUACAAGGGCAACUAUUCCAUGUUCAAGAAGAUGUACGUGCAGAAGCGGCGCGAGAUGAACAAGGAGUACGAGAAGCAGGAGAAGCGUUUGCGCGAGCUCAAGGCCCACGGCCAGUCGAAGAAGGCGGCCGAGAAGAAGCAAAAGGAGACGCUCACCCGCAAGCAGGAGAAGAACAAAACUAAGCAGCAAAAGGACGAGGAUGAGGGCCCCCAGGAGCUGCUCGCCCGCCCCAAGGAGUACAUUGUCAAGUUCCGUUUCCCGGAGCCCUCGCAGCUGCAGCCCCCCAUUCUGGGUGUGCACAACAUUACGUUCGCCUUUGACGGCCACAAGCCGCUGUUCAUUAAGGCCGAUUUUGGCAUAGAUCUGAGCAGCCGUGUGGCCAUUGUCGGGCCCAAUGGCGUCGGCAAAUCAACGUUCCUCAAGCUGCUGCUCGGUGAACUGGAGCCUCAGCAGGGGGAGCAGCGCAAGAAUCAUCGCCUGCAUGUGGGACGCUUUGAUCAGCAUUCGGGUGAGCAUCUGACGGCCGAGGAGUCGGCUGCCGAAUAUCUGCAGCGGCUCUUCAAUCUGCCGCACGAGAAGGCGCGCAAGGCACUGGGCUCCUUUGGCCUGGUCAGCCAUGCCCACACCAUCAAAAUGAAGGAUCUGUCCGGUGGUCAGAAGGCGCGCGUUGCCCUCGCCGAGCUCUGCCUCAGUGCGCCCGAUGUGCUCAUUCUGGAUGAGCCCACCAAUAAUCUGGAUAUUGAGAGCAUCGAUGCGUUGGCCGAGGCCAUCAACGAGUACGAGGGUGGCGUCAUUAUAGUCUCCCACGACGAGCGACUGAUACGCGAAACGGGCUGCACUCUGUACGUGAUUGAGGAUCAGACAAUCAACGAGAUUGAUGGCGAGUUCGAUGACUACCGCAAGGAGGUGCUCGACUCGCUCGGCGAGAUCGUCAACAAUCCCAGUGUAGUGGCCAAUGCAGCGGUGCUGCAAUAGCCGGCCGGCCCUUACCCCUCUCUCCCGCUUCAAUCGUGUGUCUCAAGCCUAGUCCCUGCUGGCCAUGGCCCCUCUCUCUGUUGAUUAUGCCGCAUUGUUAAUGGAUUAUCCGCUAGUUAGCCUUUUUAUACCAUAUAUAAAUAAACAAUUAACAAAUUGUGAGACAACAAACAA